CCCCCACCCACCCUGUGUCCAAUAAUGACGGCCGAUAACAAGAAACCCGUGACGAUCAUCGUCCUCGGCGGCGGCCAGCGCGGCCUCACCUACGCGAACUAUGCGACCCAGCACCCGGAUCUGGCAAAGGUUGUGGCAGUUGCCGACCCGCGCGAGCACCGUCGCAAGUUGUUUGCAAGGCAGCACCACCUCACGCCCGACCGCCUCUACAACGACUGGACGGACGUCGCCGCGCUCCCGCGCUUCGCCGACGCCGUGGUGAUCGGCACGCUCGACCAGCUGCACGCGCCUAUGGUGACGGCGUUCAGCAAGCUGGGCUACGACAUUCUGUGCGAGAAGCCCAUGGCGACGACGGUGGCCGAGUGCGUCGACAUGGUCAAGGACGUGCAGGCUGCGUCGGCGACCGCCGGCCACCCGCUCAUCUUUGGCAUCGGCCACGUCCUCCGCUACUCGCCGUACAACCGCGCCGUCAAGCAGGUCAUCGACUCUGGCGCCCUCGGCGACAUUGUCAACAUCCAGCACAUGGAGCCCGUGGGCAACCAGCACUUUGCGCACUCGUUUGUCCGCGGUAACUGGAGCAAGGAGGAGGAGACUAGCUUUGCGUUGAUGACAAAGUGUUGCCACGACCUCGACAUCCUCUCGUUCUACCUCUCGGGCCGUACACCCGUCCAGAUCAGCUCGUUUGGCAGCAUCGGCCUGUUCAAGCCGUCGCGCAAGCCCAAGGAGGCGGGCGACGCGACGCGCUGCCUCGACUGCCCGGCCGAGAAGGACUGCGUCUGGAGCGCCAAGAAGAUUUAUCUUGACCCCUUCGUCGAGAAGGGUCGCAAGGGGUGGGCAUCCGUCGCGGUCGACGGCGACGAGGUCAACCUCGAGACCAUCACGUCGACGCUCAAGAACGGCCCGUACGGCGUGUGCGUGUACGAAGCCGGCAACGACGUGGUCGACCACCAGGUCGUCAACAUCGAGUACGAGGGCGGCGUGACGGCGAGCAUGACCAUGUCGGCCUUCACCGAGAGCGAGUGCAACCGCGCGACCGUGAUCCAGGGGACCAAGGGCGAGCUGCGCGGCGACAUGAAGACGUUCACCGUGUUCGACUUUUUGACCCGCACGUCCAAGACCCACACGCCCGAGGAGAUGCCCGGCGUCGCCCACGGCGGCGGCGACGACGGCCUCAGCCAGUGCUUUAUCGAGGCCGUGCUCGAGCGCGACCAGAGCAAGCUCGGCGUCACGCCCGACGACGUCCUCAACUCGCACCUUACUGUCUUUGCCGCCGAGCAGGCGCGCAAGGAGAAGCGCGUGGUCGACUUUGGCGCGUUCAAGGCUGCUGCUCUGGCGUAG